UCGUGCGGUUGGUUUAACUCAGAGGACCAGUAAAUGGUCCAUUACUAUCCUCAUACGUCAAUUCCGGGUCCUGGCAACAAGUGUCCUCCUGCUAGGAUGUGGCUGAGAAGCUCACUGUGCAGUGUUUUACUCGGUUAUUGUGUCGCUUUGCUCGGUGUGACGGUUGUGGUCCUGGCCGAGAACGGGAAUAUAACACAAGUGGCGCUACCGGGCGAGGAGUGCGGCAGCACUCAGGGCAUGGUGGAUGAGUGCUUUAAGGAUCUGCCGCCGCACCUAAUGGAGUUCCUGCAGAACAGCAAAAUCGUCAUCAGCCAGAAGGAGAUCACCACCAAGUGCAACAUCUUCAACCGCGGCAUGAAGUGCUUCGAUGCCUACUCGAAGCGCUGCCUGGACGAUCGGAAGCUGGACACGUUCAAGAACAAUGUGGAGGGAGCGAGGAGGUUCUUCAACAAGUUCUGUGCCGACACUGACUUCCAGCGCGACUACUUGCGGCACAAGGACUGCUUCGCCUACAUCCAGUUGGACUGGGUCACCUGCACGUCCGAGUUCGAGAGCAUCCUUAGCGACGAGGUGCACGACGAGACGCGGAACGCCAGCGAAAAGUUCCUAGAAUUUUGCUGCGCCCGGUACGCGUACGAGAACUGCAUCUACAACAGCGCCCGAUACAAGUGCUACAAAAACUCGGCGGAGUUUGCCCGCGAGACGGCCAAAAUGCUGUCGGACGAGAAGCACUUCCGGAACUGCGCCGUGCUCCAAAACAUCUGCGCCCAUGCCUCCGGGUUGAGACUGGAACUGGACAGGCGCUGGCUGGGAUGCCAGGUGGCGGCGACGCUGCUCCUAAUGCUGAUGGCGAUGCGGUUCUGGCCGUAA